GUUGGCUGUGGAUCUCAAACGACUUCUGCCGGCCAUGGCCAUGGGAUAACCUCACCUGGUCCAAGCUUGACGAUGUCACGCCAAUGGUAGUCGAGCUGCUGCUUUGGCUGUCUCCCAUCGUUCCUGCCUUCCAAGUUGUUGACAGUGAUUGACACACUGCGCUAUGACCAGUCCAAGGCAGCAGUCUCUUAUUUUUUGUCGAGCCUGGGAUCAAUGAGCACGGACAGUCUCCAUGUCGGCUCGCAGUGCCUCAUCGGCUGUUUCGCCGAGGGCGGCCAAGCAAGGCCCAAACCCACCGGACCAGACCCAUGUCCGCCAGAUCAGCAGAUCGAGCGCUGACCGGCUUCUCGAAACCACGUAUUCGAAUUCCCCUGGCGAUACCACCUCUAGCAGCUCUACCGUCCGCGAGCGCCCGGCAUCUCGCCUGCGCGCCGAACGACGACGAUGGACCGUCACCGUCAACGAGUCGUUUGCCCGCGACGAGGUGCUGCUGAACCUCGACCUGGUUGGCGAUGACAUCGGACCCGGCCGCCUCGUGGCCAUCGACGUGGUGAAGGCCGACGCAGACAAGCCGGCACAGAACCCGCACCACAAGCAGCAGCACCUCCAGGAACGCAAGGAUGGGUCGUGUGCCGGUUGCGCCGAGAGGCGCUACAUCUGCGUGGCUAAGGACAUGCCUAGGGAGCUGAAGGCGCGGUAUCCUACCGUCGAGGUCUACGUUGCCAAGCCUAUCGCCGACGCCUUUGGCAUGAGGAAAGGCACUCAGGUCACGCUCACCCCGAUCGACGCAAAUAACCCUGCCGUGGAGGCGUCCCACAUCGAGCUGUGCUUCAAGGACCAGUAUCUCUCGAGAGCCGACAUGUGGCGCAUGGCCGUCGGCGAGCUGGCCCAGCGGACUGUCUACAAGGGCCAGAUGAUCUUGUUCCUGGGAACCGUCAAGGCGCAGGUCACCGCUGUCUACGUCGACGGGCGCAAGGUUCAGUCUGCCUUCUUCGGCCGCGACACCAAGCCCAUCUUCCGUAGCGAGUCUGCUCGAUAUGUGCUCUUUAUCCAGAUGGCCCGCGAGAUGUGGGACUUUGACCAGGACGGCUCCGGCGAGAUCAUGUUUAACAAGGUUGUCAAUGGCUUUCUGCCUGCCCUAUUUAAGAAGUGGGCAGCUAUGAAGGUGAAACACCUUGUUACCAUCGUCAUGUUUGCGCGCGUCGAGUAUGACAUGGGCCUCUCCACCGAGCUGGCCAAUGCUGCGGUUCACCAUGACUACUUCACCGGCGUGCAGGCCUCGGGAGACCGCCAUCCCUACAAGGACUUUUACCGUGUUGUCGUCAGCGAGAUGGCGAGUGGGGAAUGGACCAAGAUUCUUCAUCAGCUCAAGCGCGAGUUCAACCACUUGCGGAAGGAUAUCAGCACCGACCACCAAAAGGCGAUGGCGUCUUCCACGUCUCCCCAAGACUCUGGCGAGCCAGAGCUGCUGCUGAACAGAAUCAAGGCCGAGCCAUCCCGAGCCAUCCACGGAAAUUUCUUGGAGGCCAUCAACAUGGCCUCUUCGAUGUAUGCCCACGACUACAUCGACCGGGACUUGACGAGAACAGGGGUCUCGGUGGUUGUCAUCAGCCCAGGCCCCGGCGUGUUCGAAGUCGAGUACGAUGCGCUGCGCCGGACGACCGAGGCCCUUGUGGGUAACGGGAUUGGCAUUGACCUGAUUUGCAUUCCCAAGGUCCCACUCCAUUCCGUGCCGCUCUUUCGGUACCGCAACCCGCACCAUCUAUCCGGCCGUGCUCGGCGCAAGAGCAAAGCAGACUUCAGCCACGGAAGCACCCCGAAGCAGACAGGGUUUGCAUCCGGUAGUUACAGCAGCCUCGCCGGCUCGUACUCGCCAAGCAAGAGAAUGGAUGGGGCGCGCCCUGGUGAGCCCUCUGGCCCAGCUUCCUCGCAAGAAGAGUGGGUAUCUGCCAUUCCGCAAUGGCUUCACGUCUCUUACUGGACCGGCGCCUCCGAAGAGGAAUUAUCAUACCAAGGUAUCGCUCUUUCCGUCUCGGACGCCAUGCAGACUCACACCGGCGAUGACUUUCCCAUCCGUUGCCGCAUGUAUGAUUUGCAGAUGAGGAGCGUCAUGGAGACAAACGAGAUCGAGACCAAGCCGCUGCAUACAGAUCCCGACUUUCCUCUCAGCGCGGUCCUGGCAACUCAAGCCUCCAAACCGCACUAUGACCUCGAGGGCAAUGUCAUCGUCAAGAACAUGCGGGUGCCGGAAACGCUGUUUGACCACGUCUUCGGAUUUCAGAGAUUUGCUCCGGACAGGCACAGCAAACCGGGAGAGAGAUCGUUGUGGAAGCAGCUCCAGGAAUACGACGAACGUAGGGCGCGCCUGCCCUCCCGCCGAAGCUCGAGUCACCCCAGGCAUGGCCGUGACCAAGAUGAAACGCCCAGGCGUCAGGUUUUGGAGGAUGCUACAGCUCUCUUCGGGACCUCCGUGACGGAGUCCCGGCCGUCAUCAGCCCUCCAGCAGACGAUCCUGGAGACUUAUUCCUACUAUCGCCCUGGCUCUGAGAGGCAAGGUGUCCUCUCGUCAAGUCGGAGAAGCAUAAGCGUCAAGCCUAACAAGCCUUCGUCAUCCAAGGCCCCGUCGUCUCCUGUCAAACCUCCCAAGUUCAUGCGCCACAUUAGCCUUGGUGACCGGGGAUUCGGCAUCGCCGCUCCGAAACCGGCGACUGCCGAGGUGAGCAUGGAAAGCGUGGGCGCGUCCAAAUCAGUGACGGCGUCGCGCAGCUGGCAGGAUUUGUCGGUGACGCCGGCGAGACGGACGGGAGAGCGACCAUCGUCAUCCCAUAGAAUGACGGUAGGAACACCCACUCCUAUCCAGUCACAGGCCGCCCUCUCGCCGUUUUCCCUUACGGCGGGACCUCAUUUCCCCGCAGAUCUCCCAGGCACGCCUACCAGGCCAGUUGCGAUUAGGAACCAGCAGCUGGCAAGCGGGCCCUCCGCCAGCAUGUUAUCUGGCUCCAUUCUUGCAACGACUCUCCGGCCGGAACCUGUUGGUCAGGACCGCGAUAUCAAGUACUCGAACGCCAUCAGAGCAGAGGACGCCAAGAAGCUUUACAACUCCAAACUGCUUGCCGGUGCCAUACCUGAGCUGCCAUCUACUCUGUCGCCGGAGACGGCGCUGUCACCUUGGCUGACUGUGCUCAACCCCUCAAAUCCGGACACGAAUGAUGUCGACAUGGCCAUGCUCUACAGCCGCUGGCAGCACGUCUUUCCGAGACCUCAGGAAAUGAGGAUCAUGAAAUGGAAGAGCCUGUGCUCCCCGGCCGCCGUGCCUCUGACGACGGAAUAUUUUCCUUCCAAGGCGCAGUUCGAGGCUGAGUACGAGCGCCAGCCCUACAACGUGUCUCAAAAUCUUGAUGAUGAACUCCUGGAGGAGCCGAGGUCUCGUGACGAAUUGCUACGGGAGCUGGUCAGCCUGCGAUUUUGCCAGGGGUUCCAGAUCGUCGUCGGCCCAGCUGUCGCGAGGGCCUUUGGCCAAAAGCAAGUCAGGGUCGCCGAUAUCUUCUCGCGGGAUCACAUGAUGGAGGAUGGCACUAGCAUCUUCAUGUCGGCCGGCAACACCAUCCACCAGCUGUCGUGCGUCAACGGGAGCGAAGUCGAAGUGAACAUCUUCGUUCGGAAGCCCACCGACUCGUUUCAGCAAACCUGUGGGGGUCCGCAGCUGUACAAACCGGCGAUCCGGACCCUGCUGGAUAGCGGCUACCAGACGAGCGAGUUUGAUCUCGUCACGCCCAAGGCGGAGAGGAACUGGAAUUACAUCGACGCAUCUGUUGCCGGCCACAACGACGAGCUGACGGAGCAUCUCAGGUUCUGGCGUGCCAGAUUUGUCCUGAUUCCGAUGACGGGCCGGCGCUCGUCUAUUCCCGGGACGGGGGGCGGCGACAACGAAGAAGAGAUCCGCAUCGAAGGGAUCAGAAAGCUGGCCCAGAUAUGGCAGAGACAUCGCUACAUCCCGCCCAGUGAACGGCGGCUCCAGGGCCCAGGGACCCGCGCGAAGAAGGGCAUGAAUCCGUUCGACAUUGUGUACAAGACGGAGGACGCAUCCGUUGUCAUCGCUGCCGAACUGGAGACGCUGCCCCUUCUAGAGGGGCUGGACCGCAGAGGACAGCUCGUAAGAAGCGGCGAACGGUUCUCCAAGAAGAAUCUCAACCUGGCCGCGCUCGCCGAGGCCAUCCAGCAGCCGGUGGAGGAAGGCGGCGUCCGGAUGCAGAAUCGCAGAUGGCACUUUCGGCUGCACUACAACUGUUUCAUCGGGUCGGACAUGACAAGCUGGCUGCUGGACAACUUUGAGGAUCUCGAAGACCGCGAAGAGGCAGAGGCUCUGGGCAACCGCCUCAUGGUCUCGGACGACAAGGAAAAAGAGGGCAAGAAGGAGGGCGGCGGGUUGUUUGUGCAUGUCGAGAAGCGGCAUCCCUUCAGGGACGGGCAGUACUUUUACCAGAUCAGCAGCGAGUAUGCGAAGCCGCAUCCGCCCGGCUGGUUCAACUCCAAGCGGGGCCAAGGAUCAGUACCGUCGACACCAUUGGGGGAGCAGCCGCCGCGCGAAACGCGACCCAGCUUUUCCCGGCCGACGUCGAUCCACGAGGAGAGCUCGCCGACGUCUGGCUCGACGACGCCCACAGCGACACCCGCGCCAACCGGCAAGAAGCCGAGGGUGAUGCUGAGUAGGGUCAUCAAGUAUGAUGUGGACCAUAGAAGGCGGUCAUACCGGCCCGAGGUCGUCGAGCUGCACUACGACAGGCUGCACAACCCAGACAACUGCUACCACUUCCGCGUAGACUGGAUGAACGUGACGGCCAAGCUGGUGGAGGAUGCCAUCGAGAGCUGGAGCCGCGAGGCGGCGCAAUACGGACUCCGGGUCGUCGAGGUACCCAUUGCGGAAGCAUGUGCGAUCAGCGCCGUCAAUCCGUUCCGGCGGCCGUACGUGAUCAAGCUAGCAGUGCCGCCUCCAGACCAGUCCCCGAUCACGUACUACGACCCGAACUCCUUCACGCCGCAGGCGCAUCCCGGACGGCACUUUUACCAAAAGGCCAUCCUGCGGAAGUUCGACUUUGUCCUCGACAUGGAAGCAGCGUCCAACUUCCCCAGCGACGUGGACGUCUCGUACUCGUGGGGCAAGCCCGACUUCAAGUACACCCAGUACAUCCACCGGUCGGGGUCCCUGCUAGCCGAGAUCACCGACGAAGGCCACAUCCUGCUGCUUGCCAACAGGCUGUACAGCAGCAGAGCUGCCGCGGUGCGGGAACGCGAAAUGCAGAAGGAACUUCGCGGUGAGCAGCAGCAGCAGGGCGCUGGCGGGGGCGGCUCCGUCGGCAGCGGCACGCCCGGGCUGGGCAGCGGCAACCGCGUCAUUACGCCAGGCUCAUACACACCCUACGGCAUCUCCAACAACCCGAUUUCCUCGUCUGUCGUGCGCGACCCGACACCUGUCUCGUCGCCGGCGCUGAAACCGACCUCGGGCUCCUCCCUCCUCUCGCCGGUCGUCCGGCCGGCGCUCUCGGCAGCAGCGGGCGGCACACCGGGCAGCGCGUCGUCGGGCACGCCGGGCCAGGGACAGCCCAAGUUCCCGCCGACGCAGUCCGGACCGGCGGCAGCUUCCGCCGCUGGGGGCACCACGACGGCAACGACAACGAUAACGACAACGACAGCACAGGAGCCGGAAUGGAUCAAGGACGAGCUGGAAGCGUUCUGCCGCGACGCGGAGGCGCUGGAGGCCUUCUACAAGGAGCUGCGGACCGCGGCGCCGGCGACCACGAGCGCGGGCGGCGCGGCCAUGACGCCUGCCUUUGCCGCGGCGGACGUGAAUUCUGCCUCGGCGGCUGGAAUCGCGGGGGCGGUGCCCGAGGGGAGCAUACCUGUGUUGGGCUUGCCGCCUGGGGUGUUGGCGCCGGUGUCGGCGGCCUCUCCUUUGGUGUCGGCGUCAGGGUCCGGGCCUGUGGUCGCUGCGGGCGCGGUGGAUAGUGGUUCUCCUGCUGCUACUGCUGCUUCUACUGCUGCUGCCGCUCCGGCUGCAGGGGUGGGCGCUGGAGAGACUCAAAAUCAGGGCGUGGCGGCGGGGACCGGUCCUAGAGCGGCCAGCCCCGGUCUGGCGCUCAGGUCGGCGUCGCAGCUGUUGAGGAGGGGCAGCUUGCAGUAUGAGGGGUUCCUGGGCGGCUUGAGGAGCGUGGCGGGCGGGCAGGAGAAGGAGCGGGAAAGGGAUUGAGGGUCGUCACUUUGCCCGCCGCACCGAGUAUUCUGUACACUGAGUCACAUCUUCGGGCCCGUGUCAGAUGUUGUUUUGUUGCUUGGCGGCUUGACUACCACAGUACUGCGGAGCAAAGGCGGAUUCACCGAGGAGAU